AGAUGGAUGGUCAUGUUUCAGAGCGACAGGUCUUGUUUGAGAACGAUGGUCAUAUUUCAGAGCGACAGGUCUCGUUUCAGAGCGAUGGUCAUGUUUCAGAGGGACAGAUCUGUUUCAGAGCGAUGGUCGUGUUUCAGAGCGACGGGUCAUAUUUCAGAGUGAUGGUCAUGUUUCAGAGCAACGGGUCUCGUUUCAGAGCGAUGGUCAUGUUUCAGAGCAACGGGUCUCGUUUCAGAUUAAUGGUCAUGUUUCAGAGCGAUGGUCAUGUCUCAGAGCGACAGGUCUUGUUUGAGAAUGAUGGUCAUAUUUCAGAGCGACAGGUCUCGUUUCAGAGCGAUGGUCAUGUUCCAGAGCAAUGGGUCUUGUUUCAGAGCAAUGGCUGUGCUUUAGAGCGAUGGUCAUGUUUCAGAGCGAUGGUCAUGUUUCAGCGCGAUGGUCAUGUUUCAGAGCGAUGGUCAUGUUUCAGAGUAGCGGGUCAUAUUCCAGAGCGAUGGUCGUGUUUCAGAGCAACGGGUCAUAUUUCAGAGCGAUGGUCAUGUUUCAGAGCGAUGGUCAUGUUUCAGCGCGAUGGUCAUGUUUCAGAGCGAUGGUCAUGUUUCAGAGUAGCGGGUCAUAUUCCAGAGUGAUGUUCAUGUUUCAGAGCAACGGGUCAUAUUCCAGAGUGAUGUUCAUGUUUCAGAGCAACGGGGUCAUACUUCAGAUCAACAGGUCAUGUUUCAGAGCAACGAGUCGUGUUUCAGAAUGAUGGGUUGGGUCCUAUAGUGACAGGUCAUGUUUCAGUCAGGGAUUUUUCUUUCUUUACCUGUCAGGUUUGAGAACAAAAGAGCAUAAAGCAGCUGUGUGAAUUCUUCGUAGAGAGCUGGGGGUUCUUCCUCCUCUGUGAUGAUGUUCUGUACAGAUCACUUGUUUCCUGCAUGCUGGAUUUAGUGUUUCGUGUUUUAGCUUCAGACUCCAUUGCCUUUUGAUUGGUUGCAGCAUUUUGGCUGCUUUCCAACGCUAUGGUGAUUUCAGUUAUUAGCAUUGACAGAAUCUUUGACUGAAGGCAACAUCUGUUAGCUAUAAGCUAACAAAAUGCAGAUGGUGCCAAAUUUGAUAUUCUGCCUCUUUUAAGCUGUUGUUUGUCUCUGAAGCGAUAAUCAGCUUCGUACUGUCGAGAGAAUGUAGAACUUUGUACAAUCAGACUCUCACAAUGAUAUUUAUAGCAUCAGUAUCUACCACGUUUGUACAUUUGAAAGCUUUUUAAUGUUUCAACCAGACUUCCAGUUGUGGGGUGUGUGACUCCUUUUUGUGAACUAUUAGCUAAAUAAUUUUGGUUUCUAUGAUAUGCAUUUGAACAUGCUAGCGGCUGCUGAAUGUGUUGCCACCGCAGCCCUUGUCUUUACUCAACCUUAAUCUCUGAGCCAUAGGCGUCCCGGAUCUGGAAACACACAACCAAAACAAGCUAGCGGUCCUUAAGCUAAAUAACUAGACAGGCAGGGCGGGGCAUCAUAGGAGGCGGGGCCAACAUAUGAAGCAUCUUACAGUAGUUUAAGUUCUGCAGGUCUUCCUCCAACAGCUGAUUGUUUAUAUUGUCACUAGAGAAAUAGAUUUCGCUUUUAGGCAUCUUUGUUUCAGCCUCCUGGUUAAACAGCUGAAACUAGCUGUCAGGCUCCUCUCUCUUUAAGAUGUCCCUCCCCUACCACCUGAUUGGCCAGUCUGUGGAAACCACAGAGUCAGCACCUGAUCUAAAAACCAUUGUGAUCAGAACCAGAUGUUUCAGUUUCAGUUAGAUCUCACACACGCCGGUGUGACCUGAGCCGGGACUUCACAUGGCACCUGCAGAGACCGCAGCUGUGUUCUACAGCGGAACCUUCUCAGAACCUUCUCUGUGAACUUUUAUGACACUUGAAUGCAUCAAUCGCUGGUGGGUGGUGAAGAAACUCCCGCUGAAACUGGCUGGAUGUCAUUUUAUAGAAACUUUUUUGCUUGAAAAUGAAACUGAUGUUAGAAGAUUUGCUGUUGCUCCAGUUUUCUCCACAUCUCCUUUUUAAUGUGAAGGGAUCCAAAGCAGCGGCGCUGGCGGAUCACAGAUUCUCAGAGUUUGGUUUCUGAUUUGUUUACCAAUUUGGUUUGAAGCGUGAUGCUCAGGCGGGUGAGACGUUCUCACCUGCAGCGCUGCAGACUUCAACGGGACGGAAACAGGAUGAGAUAAGCUAGCUUCAGCUGUUUUGUUAGCAAACAUAACGCUCCAGCUAAGCUAGGGUUGCUAACUGAAUGAGCUCAAGUAUAACGCUGUGAGGAAAUGCUAGUUUGACCAAGGAGAAUUUCAGAGAGCAGAGAAAACAACCAGAGAAGAGCAAUAAUGGUUGACUAGUGAAAGACAUGAAGACGGAAGGUGGCGUCUGUGACCUGAUGGACCAGAUGGAACCAACCUUCAUGAGGCUUUGAGAGCAAUCGGGUGUGAUCUUAGCUGCUCACUCCCUGGACCUGGAGGUGUGAAAGCCAGAGUCCGUCUCCAGCUGAUCUAGUCUCCAACACCUGGUGAAGACUGGCUCCAUGGCCAAGGUCACCAUGACAUGUUGAGCUUCCUCAGCUGCUGCUGCUGUAGUUGCUUGCAGGAAGGAAGCAGGAGGACUAAAAAGAGUCAGAAGAAUGUUGGGACCACGAGAGAGAAGCCCAGUUCACGACAAUCUGCAUGCAGUGUGAACGCUCUGAUUGGACUCUAUGAGGAAGUCAAACUAAAACUGGACUGCAUCUGUUGUGCGUUCAGUCUGAAAGAGGCUUAAAAAGGGUGUUGGAUCACCGCUACACCUGUACACCGUCUAGAUCAAUGGUGCCCACCAUCAUAUAUGUUCUAGAGCUUUCUCUGUUCACCAGAUGACCAAAGGGCUUCUGUGGAACCCACUGAACAGGUGAUCCAACCACUGGACCAGGUGUGUGGGAGCAGGAAUCAGCUAGAACAUGUUGGGGAGGAGCUCCAGGACCAGCACCUCUGGCGUGUUGUGGUUGGAAGCCUGUCAGGGCGGAGUUAGCAACCACUUCUGAAAGUAAACACAGGAGAGGAAAGUCAUGUCGCAGUCUUUCCUCAGCAACUGUGUCGGUUCUAGAGUUGAGUGCACACUGGACAGGAACGUAGCUGCUGAAGUGGACGGGCGUAGCCGCACCGGCACACAGGCCGCUCCCCUUCAUCCUAACGGCGUGAGAGCCGUUUGGGCCAGAAACGGAAUUAAAUCCACCGCAGGAGCAGACGUUCCUCAGGUGUGUGAGCGGCAGCGGAGACACACCUUGUGUCUGAGUCCCCCCCCCCCCAUGGAGCCAUCAUCAUCAGUGACUAAACUAAACACACGUUACCUUCAUGUAUCCUGGCUCGUACCACCUCACUCUGAGCUUUUAGUCUGCUCAGCAUGAGCUUUACUUCAGAUUUCCGUUCCAUGAACAAAAUGUUCGGGAUUUCAGACCCAGACAGAAGUUUUCAUCCUGUUUCUGCCCGUUGAUGCCCUGCAGGAUUAAUAAUCUCCCUCCUGACGUCUUCUCAGCUGUUCUCACUCUGAUAGAUAUUGUCCUGUACUGUAACUGGACUACUGCUGCAUGCCGUGUGUGUGCAUGCACGUGUGUGUGUGUGUGUAUGUGUGUGUAUGUGUGUGUGUGUGUGUGAGGAUAAGAGUGUUUUUUAUCAUCUUCUUUUGUAAUCUUUGGAGUUAUUUCUUCUGCAUUGUAUUUGAUAUGAUCGUGUGAAUAAAGAGAAGUGGACGACUGCUGA